GGCGGAACAGAGACUGUGAAGAAGGUGAACCUCUCUCAUCCCGUCCACCCCUUCAUCAGGCAGUCGGUCAGCCUGGUGGAGAAGUACUUCGAGCCGUACGCGCUGGUGGGCCAGGACAUCCUGGGCAACCCGGAGAGCUGGGACAAGGUGCUGGCCCUCGUCCCGGAUGAUAUCCUUCCGUCGCUGCAGAGCGAGUUCCCCAAGAAGCGGGACUCAGUGCAGCGCUGGGAGCUGCUGAAGAGCAGGAUGGAGCGGACACGGCGGGUAGGGGUGACCGGGAAGGUCACGCCAUGCUACGCAGACUGGGAGAUCAUGCUGCAGUACUGUUUCCCCCGCCUCGACAUCAACGUCAGCAAAGGUGUCGGGCAUCUGCUGAAAAGCCCCUUCAGCGUCCAUCCCAAAACAGGUCGCAUUUCGGUGCCGCUGGAUCUGCAGAGGCUGGACCAGUUCGACCCGUUCGCUGUCCCCACCAUCAGCUUGCUGUGCCACGAGCUGGAUGUGGCCGGCGACGACAGGGAGCAGGAGGACAGCGGGGAGACUGAGCCGAAGCGUCGUGCACGGGACUACAAGAAGACGAGCCUGGCGCCCUAUGUGCGGGUCUUUGAGCAGUUCGUGGAGGAGAUGGAGCGUGCCCGGAAGGGAGAGCUGCUCCGGAGAAGCGACCUGCAAGGAGACUUCUGA